AUGUCGUUCCGCACCACGUACUCGGCCGGCUUCAACCCGGCCUUUGGCGGCCAUGGCCAUGGCAACAGCAAUGGAAACGGCAACGGCCACUCGCUCUCCUCGUCCAUGUCCUCCCUCUCGGCGUCGAUGCAUGCCCGCAGCGGCUACGCAAGCCGUGGCAGCCUGGCCAGCAGCAACAUCUCCAAGACGUACCGCCAGGCGUCGACGCUCUUCUUGACGCGUCGGCUGCCCGAGGCACUGACGACGCUCCUCCCCUUGAUCACGCCGCCUCACUCGGACGAUGACGACGCUCACAGCACGAACGGCAGCAGCAAGAUGAACGGAACCAACGGCACAAACGACACAAACGGCGCCAAUGGCACGCCAGCGGCCGUGGUCGAACCGGCACCAGUGGCCUCGGCGUCACGGACCACUCGGGUCAAGGUGUGGAGCCUGUACCUGACGAUUCUCAACGCCAUUGUCGAGCUCGAGGCCGACGAGGGCAAGGACGCCUUUGGCACACAGGACUGGCGCGCGCUCUGCACUAAGGUGCGCGACGGCGACGUCUGGGAAGAAGUUGUCCGCAACGGCUACCACGGCGCCGAAGGCGAUGUUGACGCCGAUGUUGUCAUUAACCUGGCCACCCUUCUUCUCGCACACGCCAAGACACAGGUGCUCAACCAGAAGCGGCUCGAGAGCUACCUGUCCUUCUCCCAGUCACAAGUCUCCCCCAACCUCGACCUGUCCGGUCGCUUUGAGACGUCUCUGCAGCGGCGCUCGCUGUCGCGGCACCGCUCGCCCGCACGGCGCACGCCCGGCACCGACACGCCGCGCGAUCUCAACUCGCGCGUCAAGAUUCUGGAGCUGUACACGCUGCACGUGCUGCGGCGCAACGGCGAGUGGGACUAUGCGCGCGAGUUCAUCACGGCCAGCCCCAUCCUCGACGAGGAGCGCCGCGAGGCCUUCUUGCAGGCCCUGCAGAGCCUGCAGGACGAAGAGCACGAGGCCGAGCAGCGCGAGGCCGAGGAGACGCGGCGGCAGGAAGAGCAGGUCCAGCAGGAGCUCGACGAGGCACGCCGUACCCGGGCCGCGAACGAAGCGCGCGAGCGCAGGCGAAUAGAAGAGGAGCGCGCACGACGCAUGAGUGGCAGCAGCGCGUACGGGGGUGGAUUCGAGGGCAUCGGAGGGAGCGAAGUGGAGUACUCGGGCGACGGCAUGAGCUCGGCGAGCCAGCCGCGGCGGCACAAGGCACCCUCCAGCACAGCCGGCAGCACCUCGACACGGGGCGGGGGGCGGACGCGGUCGUCCAAAUCGGCCAAGUCCACAGCACCUACGUCGUCGGCCCCUGCACCUGCGCCUGCGCCUGCGCCCUCAGGAUCGGCCAAACCGGUCCGGGCGCCGUCGGCACCCAAGCCCAAGCCAAAGUCGGCCAAGGGCAAGAACCGUGCCGUGGCUGCACCGCCGACCCUGGGAUCCCGGACGGCGAUGCUCUUUGCCAACCUGCAGGGCUUCAUUGAGCAGCUGAGCCGCGUGUUCCAGACCACGCCCUUGGUCCUGCUGCGGACGCUGUUCUUCAUCGUGGCCCUGCUGGUUAUGCUGGGCCGGCAAGGCAACCGGGAGCGCAUCGCGCGUAUCCUCGGCGGCGUGUGGAACAAGGUCAAGGCCACCGCCGGCAUGGGCGUUAAGGUUAGUUACAUCUGA